AUGUCCGAAAAAGUCGCCAUUGCAGCUGAAAAGGCACUCAGCCCUAAAUCGGAGACACAGGAGGUAUCUCCGCCGGCACGCCAGAAAUGGUACGAAUGGUUCGCGCCGACAGAUACACCCGCUGAGCGACGAUUGAUCCUCAAGCUCGAUGGGCUGAUCAUCGUCUUCGUUUUCCUGGCGUACUGGGCGAAAGUGCUAGAUUCGUCGGCAACGAGUACCGCCUAUGUCAGUGGUAUGAAGGAGGAUCUGAGCUUGUAUGGGAAUCAGUUGAACUAUUUACAGACAGUCUACAUGGUUGGCUUCAUCACGAUGCAGAUCCCCUUGACUUUGCUGAUGACCCGUUGUCCGGUGAACUAUUUCCUCCCAGCUGCGGAUCUACUCUGGGGUGUCUUUACCUUGGCGCAGUACAAAGCCAACAACGUCACCCAGCUCUACGCCCUGCGUUUCUUCGUCGGAGCUCUGGGUGGUUUCUUCUUCCCAGCCGUCCAAUGGUACCUAGGCAGCUGGUACAAAAGCUCAGAGCUAUCCCGUCGUGGCGCCAUUUUCUUCAUUGCCAGCCAAGUGGGCAGCAUGAGCUCCGGGUAUAUCCAAGCCGGAGCGUAUGCCAGACUAGAUGGUCGGUAUGGAAUUGAAGGCUGGAGAUGGCUGUAUAUCAUUUGCUUCGCUUGCACAAUCCCAAUCGCACUCUUAGGCCUCUGCCUACUUCCCAGCACGCCGGAUACGUGCACUUCGCGAUUCCUGAGCGCCGAUGAGAUUCGUCUCGCGCAGGAGCGCAUGGCAUCCGAGAACCGCGAGGCCAGACAGCCAUUCACCAGAGCCAAAGUCUGGGAGAUUCUGAAAAGCUGGCGAUUGUGGGUUCUGGUGACUUUUGCUUUCUUCUUCUCGCAGGCCGACGGCGUAUCCUCGAAUAGUGGUCUAUCUCUUUGGCUCAAAGCCGAGGGAUACUCAGUUGAAGGGAUCAACACCAUUACGACGGUGUCGCCGGCUGUCACUAUCGUGGCGUCGGUAGUUUGCGCCGUCCUCUCAGAUGUCUACGAUGCCAAGGCUAGUUUGAUUGCUGUGACGGCCCUGCUGAACAUCUUUGCAUGCGUCGUGCUGGCGAUCUGGAAUGUUCCUGUAGGACUGAAGUUCUUCGCCUUCUUCCUGUCCGGUACGGCUGAUGGGAUUGCGGCUAUCAUAUAUGCUUGGGCGAAUGAGAUCUGUUCGCAUAGUGCUGAAGAGCGUGCUAUUGUGAUCAGCGCUAUGAAUACCAUCGGCAAUACCUUUGGAGCUUGGAUUCCGUUGUUUGUGUGGAAGACCGUCGAUGCACCGAGGUAUUUGAUCGGAUACAACUGGACCAUCGCGCUCGACGUGUGUAUGCUAGUCAUGCUGGCGGUUCUUGUUCAAUUCUGGGCCCGCGAGAAGAAACGCUCCCUGGCAUAG